AUGCAAAUGUCAGUUAUCUCAACAAACGAAGUGGUAAUUAUUGAUAAAGUUGAACACAAUCCUUUAACUUAUGCUGGAUAUCCAGCAUGGGCUUCGCUCUACAAUAUCAACGAUCAUUCGGUAAUUCCACUUGGAAUGAAAUCUAAUGCAUUUUGUGCUGGUGGUUCAUGGUUGAGUAAUGGUACUUUGAUUAAUGUUGGAGGAGAUGAAGCUACGGUGAGUUUCUAA